AUGUCCCAGGCAGCAUGCUGCACCUGCGCAUCGCUGCUCGCCGCCGUGCCCCGAGUGUCGUCCUCUUCCGAGAAGCCCUUACCCGAUGACAGGCAGUUAGAUUGUUGCAGGCGUACCAUCUGUGGUGCUUGUAUACAUAGAAACCGCCGCUUCCUCAACUACUGCCCCUACUGUCAGACGUCGAACCAAUCUUUUCCGAGCAGCCGCCUCCAGGCCCGGCCCAGGCAAGGGGAGGAAGAAGACGGAUCGGAAACAGAAACAGACACGGAAAGCGAGCCGCCCCCCUAUUCCGCCAUCGCCCAGACCAUCAACCCCAAAGCCAACACAACCAAGCCCCCUACCCCCCCACCACCGCCUUACACCUCCCCCUUCCACUCCAAACCCAACCCCGACUCCAACCCAAAACAACCCCCUCAACAAAAAGAAAAGGAACAACAAGCAGACCAACCCCCCUACACAAUCCACCACCUCCGACACCCACCCCACCCCACCCCCGACAGCCUGACCUCACUGUCGCUCCGCUACGGCAUCCCCGCCCACAUCCUGCGGCAGCACAACAACCUGCCUAACGACGCGGACUACCUCCUGGCUGCGCGGCACACGCUGCUGAUCCCCACCGCCUACAUCACUAAUACCACCAAGACCGGCACCACCACCACCACCGACGCUGCCGCCACCACCACCACCCCCAACCCCAACCCAAGCCACUCGCCCUUCCCCGUCGAGGAAGCGGCCGAGCGGGAGCGCAAGGUGCAGAUCCGGCGGUUCAUGGUGGCGUGCAAGGAGCCGGACUACGACGCGGCGGUGGUGUACCUGGAGGCGAGUGGGCACGAUUUCGACGCCGCGGUGGCGUGGCACCGGGCCGACGCGGCGUGGGAGCGGGCGAACCCGAAUCUGUUGGACGGGUCUGGUGCUGGUCCCGGUCGGGGGUUGUUGGGGAAAAGGGGGAAGGAGAAGGGGAAGGCUGUAAAGGCUGGGGGUGGGGAGGGGAGGCUGUUUGCGUGGCUAAAGGGGUGA